AUGGCUAGAAGGAAGGAUCUUUCUUCCUUUGAGAGGGCUGCCAUCAUCGAGUUUCUGCUUGAAGGAAGCCAAAAUGGAAAAUCAUCUCGAGGGAAGAUUACUGCUGCUGUUCAAAAAUGGAGCUGCUGCCGGCAGACGAUCAGUCGUAUUUGGGCAGCUGCAAAAGAACGAAGAGCAAAUGGUGAGGUAAUGAGUUCGGUGAGUAAGAAAAUGUUGAGACCAAGGAGAAAACUUGUAGCUCUGGAUUUUCAGUUAAUUGCUAGCCUAGAUUUGUCAAAAAGAUCAACAAUUAGAAAGCUUGCAUGUGGGGUUAAAUGCAGUAAAAGCACAGUGGGUAGAUGGGCAAAAUCUGGACUGAUCAGGGCUCAUUCGAAUGCAAUAAAAUCUGAUCUCACAGCUCCAAACAAGUUGCUUAGGCUACGGUUUUCCUUAGAAGCUCUAGAAUAUGAUAGCAUUAUGAGGAGUUUGACAUUUAAAAGCAUGCACAACACAGUCCACAUUGAUGAGAAAUGGUUCUACAUCACAAAAAGUGCACAAAGGUUCUACUUAACUCCUGAAGAGAUAGAACCUCAUAGGACAUGCAAGAACAAGAAGUUCAUCACCAAGGUAAUGUUCAUGUGUGCAGUAUGUAGGCCAGUUUUUGGGGCUAAUGCAAAAAGGAAUAGUAAGAACAGGGCUGCAGGCACUAUGGAGUGGAAGCCAAUUCAAAGCAUCACCAAACAAGUGGUGAAAGACUGCCUGAUAUACCAGAUAAUUCCUGCUAUUAAAGCAAAGUGGCCAGCAAAUGCAUGCAAAACCAUCUUUAUUCAGCAAGAUAAUGCUAGGCCUCACAUUCAAGACUCAGACCCAGAUUUCAGGGCCGUUGCUUCAUCUGAUGGCUUUGAUAUUCACUUGGUGCAUCAACCACCAAACUCUCCAGACACAAACAUUAAUGAUUUGGGGUGGUUUAGGGCAAUACAAAGCCUCCAAAUUGAAUCCAUGUCUACAAAUGUGGAUGGUCUAGUGAAUGCAGUGAUUAAUUCAUUCAAUGAGUUAAGCCCAACUACUUUAAAUAAAGUUUUCUUAAGCUUGCAAAGCUGUAUGGUGGAAAUUCUGAAAGUGAAGAGGAGGAAUAGCAAUAAGAUCCCUCAUUUAGGGAAUGAUGCUUUGAUUAGGCAGAAUAUGCUGCCCUUGAAUCUCCAAGUUCCAAGUGAACUUGUAAGGGAGUGCAUAUCCUACCUAAUUGACAAUGGAGCAUUGUCAAUUAGUGAUACACUAAUGCAGAAUUUGGGAGUUAAUGCAGGUUGCACAGAUGAGGUUGAGUUGAUGGUGCAUCAAUUUCAAAUUCAAUCAACUGAAGUUAUGUGA